AUGAUGCGGUUGCUAGGACUUUUGCUGUUGUCGUCGCUUGCAGUGACUAGUGCUCGUAAAUUGAAUGAUGAAGACCUAAAGCUGGAGGGCGAACGUUGUGGAGACAAUAAUCCUUGUAUUGAAGGCUUAGAAUGUGCCCAAACUGGCGUAUUCAAAAGAUGCAUUCCCCAGACAUCUUGUCUUUCACAAGAACUACGAAAGUUCCAAGAAGAGUUCAAUUCUCAAGACUUUAAGAUGCAAAUUUUGAGGGAGGCGAACGUGAGAGAAGAGGACAUUUUCCAAGCGUCUGUGGCAAGUCAAAAUGACGAGACAAUCUUCAAGAAUGGGUCAGUCCGCUCUCUUAUUCGGGCAAUGCAACAUCAUGUCGGCACAUUUUCUCGAUUCGGCUCCAUUGUGUCCCGAUGCUCAGCUGAGUCAUCUGAGGAACCAGUUGGACGACAGGGCCCCCCUACCGGUCCUCCCAUUGGAACGCCUCCGGUUGGUGCCCCGAUUGGUCCUCCCAAUCCUCAGCCAACCUUUCCAAGAAGUAUGGCGCCAAGUUCAAGACCCAGUUCCAUUCCUAGUGAGUCCCCCACGUUCAUCCCACCACAAACCAUCUUUGCUGGUUUCCAUGUGGAAGCUGGGGCCCUAGUGGAAGGAUCCAUUACCUUGUUUUGGGACAUGUUUGAUCCUUCGGGCACUCCCCCUGUGUUUGCCAAAGGGUGCAUGGGAGUCGGUCCCGUCGUUGGUGCAGAACUGUCUCUGGUCACGAUAGUCGCCGAAACUACGGAGGCGAAUGAUAUCACAUGUCUGUCCUCCAUGUACGGCGUCGAUGUCGGUGUCGGUUUGGCGCUGGGAUAUGGCCUGGGCGUCUGUUUGUUGACCGAACCCCCAUUUGUUUACAAUGAGUUUACAUUUGGAUCGGGUAUUGGUCUCGGAGCGAGUGCUUUCAGUAUGUGCAAUGGAGUUUCGACAGGCAUCGAUCUUGGUAUAUUCGGGGGAGGUAUCCCAACAAGUGAGAGCAACAUUGACGGUGGUGAUGGUGGAAACUAA